UUGCCCUGCGUUAGUUACGUCAGCGCGUCUUUGGUCUCUCCUCUGCUCGGUCUGGAGCUCUGAGCGCAGCGAGCAUUACAGCCGUGCCAGCGCAAAGACUUUCUCUGUCAACUCCGUGAACUGUAAGCUGGAGUGGCACCACGUAAAGGUUACGACAAAGCCAUGCACUUUUUACAAUUCAAGCAAGAGUGAUACCUCCUCUACCUGUUACUCUUCUUUUUUUAUUUUCUUUCCCUGUCACACUUUGUCUGCACAGCUGCAGCGAUUCACCAUUGAACCCAAAAACCACGACAGCGUUUUAACGCGAUCUUGCCGGGUGCUGCAGAGGAAUCGCCUGGUUGGCGCGGCGCUGGGUUUGGUCGUCAUGGUGGUGGUGCUACUUGUCGCGAUUCCCCUGCUGGUCCAGAGCUCCACCAUCUCCGCGCACUACGAGAUGAUGGGCACUUGUCGCAUGAUCUGUGACCCGUACAGCCCGAAAGCGAGCGCCACGGCGCUGGAAGUCAUGCAGGACCUCGGCGCCAUCCCGCCGCCGCCGCCUCCUCCGUCUUUCUCCCGCGGGAACAAAGGAGAACCUGGCCGCCCGGGCAAGCCUGGACCGAGAGGUCCUCCAGGUGAACCUGGUCCCCCUGGACCUAGAGGGCCGCCCGGGGAGCGUGGAGAUGUCGGAAAAAUCGGCUUUACCGGGGCUCCACAGGGAACAGCACGGACUGACACCGGAGAACUUGGCUCGGCGUUUGGGAGUGUCAAGAUCGCCUUCUAUGUCGGGCUUAAAAACCCACACGAGGGUUACGAGGUGCUCCGUUUCGACGAUGUGGUAACUAACCUGGGCAACCACUACGACCCUUCUACUGGCAAGUUCACAUGCCAGGUCUCUGGAAUUUACUUCUUCACUUACCAUGUACUGAUGCGCGGAGGAGACGGAACCAGCAUGUGGGCAGACCUCUGCAAAAACGGCCAGGUUCGAGCAAGUGCCAUCGCCCAGGACGCAGACCAGAACUAUGACUACGCAAGCAACAGUGUGGUGCUGCAUCUGGACUCAGGGGAUGAGAUAUAUGUGAAAUUGGAUGGUGGGAAGGCACAUGGUGGAAACAACAACAAAUACAGCACUUUUUCUGGCUUCAUACUGUACCCGGAUUGAGCUGGAGCAAAAAGAAGUGACACUGAAGUGAAUAGUCAUUUACCAAGUUGACAUUAACACAGGUUGAAGCCCUGUCCAGUCUAACGCUUCAUUUCUGUGUAACUAUGGGAAUAUGCUAUUUUACUUACUGCCUGGACUAUAACGUAUACAAAACCAUUGACAAGUUAAUGUUUAAAGUUGAGCUUUUUUUCCACACACAGCUCAAUGCCCAGUGAAACUUAAUACCUACAUGUUUGUUUAAGUCCAUAUGGCACAAGUAAACCUUGGAAGAGUACAGAGGGUAUGUCUGAAGCGAGCUGCCUGGUGGGUGUGUCUUUAAAACAUUGUAAUUAAUAUAUACAGCAAUCUGGCUGUAUAUAUUAAUUUAUUAUUAACAGUCAUGGCAUAUUGUAUUUGGCAUAACACACUUUCAGUCCUGUAAAAUGUGGUCACUAACCUUAACCAUAGCUAUUAAUUCACUGCCAAUUUUGUUAAAUAUACAUCUAAAAUGCAUCAUAAAUAAAUGUAAAAAAUCUAGCAAAGAAAUAUGAUAAAAUUAGUAUAUUAAAACAAUUAUUUUAGUUAAUCUCAUAUGACAACAAACAAAAAACAUAAAAGAUCAAAUGUGACAAUUCAAAUGUUACUGAACUGAACACCACUGGGGGGGAAAUAAUAAAUAAAAAGGCUAAAAUAUUAUGCUAAUAUCAUACUAGUAGUAAAUAUCAUGCAUAUAUGAACUCAAAGAUAAGUCUUAAAGAUGUUUUACACACAAAGAUGCACUGUCAAUUUAGUUUUUAUAUUAAUUGGAUAGCUAGUAUACAGUAGGUGCCACAAUUCAGUAGAUUAAAAUAUGAACAUGCAUUUUUAUGUUAAAUAGUUAUAAUGUCACUUUUACAGUACAGAGGUAUGAUACUUUAUGCAACAGAGUUUUAGGACCAGAAUGUGAAUGAAUGAAAAAAAAAAUUCUUAGACUAAUGUAAUGUGAGCAUAAUUACUUUGUCUCCUGCAGUUCUGUUGUGUCACAGUAUUACUACUGCGUGCCAGCUAGUGUCAGCUGAUUAUGAUACCCAGACAAUCCUUUCACAUAUGGACUCCAAUACAUACUUUUCACUGAUUAAUAUCAAGACAGUCCUGCUCAGUGCUGUUCUGGACGCAUAAACCAUUCAUAUUCCCAUAUAAGAACACAAAGACACACCUUGUGUGCCCUACAUCGGAGAUGAUUUGAAAUAAAGAAGUAGGUUUUCAUUCAGCACUGGGUUUUUUGCUGUGUUGCCUGUUUGUGUUGUGUGUAUAAAACAUGCAUUUAAACUUUAUGUCAAAUCAAGUCUAUGAGGACAAUGUGUGAAUUAUUAGUAUAGGUCUGUCUGGAUUGCUAGUCCUAUAUGAUGUAUUUGUCCUGUAGCACAAUUUAUACACUGCACUGUUAAAAUUUAUUUAGGCAUUUCAAUAAAUAAUGUUUUGUAUAACUGGUUUCUUUGUAUGUAUUAAAUGUUGUCCUCAGA